GGUCUGAAAAAUGACGUAAACAAUGAUUUGGACAAUAGUCGGAAUAAAGACCUAGAUAAUAUACUGAAUAACAACCUGAACAAUACUCUGAAUAAGGACUUGAAAAAUGACCUGGACAAUAUCCUAUAUAAGGACCUGAAAAAUGACGUGAACAACAAUUUGGAUAAUAUUCGGAAUAAAGACCUGGAUAAUACAGUGAACAACAACCUAAACAAUACCUUGAAUAAGAACUUGAACAAUGACCUGGACAAUAUCCUGUAUAAGGACCUGAAAAAUGACAUGAAUAAUGAUUUAGACAAUAGUCAGAAUAAGGAUAUAAAAAAUGACAUGACAGAUGAUCCGAUGAAUAACCUGAAAAAUGAUCUAAAAAGUGAUUUGAAUGAUGACUUCAAUAGUAACCUAAAUGAAAACUUAGAAAAUAAUCUAGUCGAAAACCUGGAUAAAAAAAAAGAGAAUAAAAGUGAAUCAACUUUCUAA